CCAGAGGACAGCUUCAGCGGGCGGUGGAGCCAGCUUGUGCUGGAGCAGGAGAGUACCCUCACCUUCAGGUGUCAGUUCCAGCUGCGCAUGUACCCUGUCGACCGUCAGCGGUGCCUCCUGGUCUUCACCGUACACGACCUCACCAACAAGUUCGCAGUCCUCACGCAGGACGCUGCUGGGGUGAAGUUCGAGGGAUCCCGGCGCCUGCUGGAGUACGAGCUGGUGAAGGAGUCACUGACAGCCAUGGUACAGGCCAACACCAGCCUGGUGCGGGUUGUGCUGGAGUUCGACAACCUCUUCGGCUACUACAUCUGCAACACCUUCGUGCCCAGCCUCAUGCUCGUCAUCAUCUGCUUCCUGACGCUCUUCUUCGACUUGGCAGACUUCCAGGACCGCAUCAUGGUGUCCCUGACGGCGAUGCUGGUGCUGGCCACGUUCUUCAGCCAGACCAGCCUCACCAUGCCCAAGACCUCGUACAUGAAGCUCAUCGACAUAUGGUACCUGGCGCUCAUCUGCGAGGACUUCCUCAUCAUCGUCUCCCUCGUGUUGCUGGAGAACCUCCGCCUUCAGCAGCAGAGCAGCCUCCUCAAGGUUCAGGUCCUCUCCUUGCAUCACCACCACCAAGGAAGGAGGAACAACAAGCAGGACGUCGCACGCUUCCGGUCUGAUGACAGAGCCGCGGAACUCAAUCGAAAACUGGUCAUCUUCUUCCCUGUGACGUUAUUGAUAUUUUUGAUCUCUUUCUUCGUUGUGUGCUUCUGUGGGUGAAAGACCGGAGGGCUCGUGCCCCUGCAAACACAAAACCACUGUCCCUAUUCUCUGCUUGUUACAACUUGUAAUAAAGGUGUUACAUCUUGUUAUAACGUUUUUAUGACGUUUUAGAACGUUUUUAUAACGUUAUAUAUAUUGGAUGUAAUUACGUUUUGUUAGGUAUUAAAACUUAUUUGAAGGUUGUAGCAACGUCGUAGUUUCGUCGUGUGUUUGGCAGGGUGUUGCCUCUGUGCUUUCUUGUCCUCUGAAAGGUCAUCAAUGAUCCUCUAAAAUCGCCAUCAAUGGUCCUCAAUACGGGAUAUCAAUGAUGCCCUGAAGGGUCAUGCAUGAAGAAAGAUCAUUGUUUAGGGAACACAUUUCUAAUAGAUUUACAAAUAUUUAAUGCUAGGUAGUGUUGAAAAUUCACUAUUGCAUAUAUUCAAAUGAUAGUGUUCUGAUUUAAAAUAAUUUAUAUACCAGGUUUAUAUUAACCUGAAAUUCAGUUGACAGAGUUUCUCCUCCCAAUCUAAAAUGAUAUUAUUUUCAGACCAUUUGUUUUGAGAAAUAUUUCAAUGUUAUAACGAAUAAUUGUAUGCAUAUGAACAAAAAUUCUUUAGUUAUUUAUGCAUAGGUUCUGUAGGUAUGUAUCAUGUCUAUAUAAUUGAUGUGUUCAUUUUGCGUACAGUAAUCUUGACGUCAAAAUGCGACGUUCUAUUAGGAGGACGGGUUGUUCCACCUGUCCUCGUAAUAGUACCUCGCAUUUUGACGUAUACUCUACCUAAGGCCAAAAAUUGUUGUACUAGAAAAUGGAAGCAGCUCAUUUAAAUUUUACAUACUUUCCCGUUUUCUGUUUUGGGUCCACUGGUA